CUUAUUGUAGAUCCAAACCAGUCAUAAGCACGAACAUGUCUUGUCCUGCCACACAGCUACAGCUUUCAUUCCAGCUAUAACCCUCCACACUCCGAAGCAAAGUCUGCUGCUUUGAGGACACCUUCUUCUAUCCGAAAACCCCUUAACCGAACAAAUCAGUCAAGCUGGCGUCGUUAAAGCAAAGGAAUAACAACAAUACUACAAGCAAUUAUAAUAACAAUAUAAUGUGGAGUAGUACAAUAUCACCAACAAACUCUAAGAAACUAUUAAUCGGUAGCACACGAAGCGUUGAUUAUGUCGGUGAUAGUGCAAGGACAGCAACAGCAGCCACUAAUAAAACAGGAGCAGCAGCAGCCCCAGCCCCAGCCACAGCCACAGCCACAGCCCCAGCCUCAGGAGCAGCAGCAGCAGCAGCAGCAGGACCAGGAGCCAAAGGAACCAAAUCGAAAGCCAGUCCCAUUGCCAACAAAGCCACAAAGAUCUCAAUUGAAAUGGAGCUUCAUAUACAAAAUAAGUGCAUUUCGGCAUAGCGCAUCACUCUGGAGGGUGGUGCGGAGCCGCCAUGGCUGCAGGGCCCCCUUAAAGCCGCAUUUUUGGGGGCUACUGGCGUCGGCAAAACAAGCAUAUUACAGCAAUUUUUCUACCAUGACUUUCCCAAGACUCAUCAGACGACAACACGUCGGAAGAUAUAUAAAAACUGUUUGGUGUGCGACACCUGCAUACGUGAGCUGAUGGUACUGGACGUUCCACCCCAGAAGCGAUUUCCGGCUGAUAACUUCGCCGAAUGGAACAACGGACAUCCGCUGGGGCUGCGAACGGUGCACGCAUAUGUGCUAGUCUAUGACAUGGGCAAUUUGGAAACGUUUCAGUACUGCCGCUCGAUGAGAGAUCAAAUCUUGGACAGUUUCAGUCAUCGUGAUUUUAGCAUAAUUGUGGUUGGCAAUAAAUAUGACAAUGUGACUGAGGCGCAGGCCAAUUCGCAGGAGCUCAAGGAUAUUUCCACGCUGGUGCGCAAACAUUGGCGCUGCGGCUAUGUCGAGUGCUCGGCGCAAUACAACUACAAAAUCGGCGACGUGUUCCGUGAGCUAAUGGGCUGCACCAGCAGUGGGAGCAACACGAGUGGCGGAGGCGGCGGUGGUGUCGCUGGAGGAGGCGGUGGCUUGGUUGGCACUGAGUUCUCACAAUCAACUAGGAAUAAAGGACGCUGUACAAUACUUUAGCAAAUGUUGCAUAAGUUUUUUAAGCAAACGUUUUGAUCUAGCGCGUAAAUACGAGUGUCCCGGGUGGAUACUUUCGCAGCUGUUUCGUUGCCGACGACAUGGGACAAGAUGUGGGGCCAGAUGGGGUGGCACGCUGGCGUAUACGCAAUCUCCUUGAGGCCAACAGCAGCAUCAACAGAAGAAACAACAUUGUUGCCCCUUGGCAUUGCCUGCAGAUGCAUAUUUUAGCAUACAUUUUAGUGGCCACACUUUGCAGUUGUCCCCGUGUGUCGACUCCCCUUCUUUUCGUUUGCCCUCUCUUCUUUUGUUUGCCAUUAUUACAACAUUUUGCUGGCUGCUUUUAUCGCAUCGCUUUUUUGUUGGCAAGAGCUCCGCUCAUUUAAAUGGCAAUGCGAAUGGGAAUUGGAAUGGCAUUGCAAUGGCUGUCGAACCCCAGAUACAUUUGGCCAGGAGCAAAAGCUCAGAACCCAGAUCCCAAGCCAGAGCCAACCAACAUCCUCUCAUCCUCCUGCUGACAACUUUUUUGCAUUCGCAUUUGCAUUUGCAAUUCAAUGCCCGUGAGCCAGGCAGGAGGAGCAGCUGACAUGAAUAUGCAACAGAAAACAAUAAGAGUAUCCCCGAAGAUGUACACGAAUUGCAAAAGUUUGGAUUUCAUUUAAUUAUUAUCGCUAUUAUCGGUAUAUUGUAGUUAUUAUUUUAUUCGUCGUGGAAUCGUAAAUAGGCAAUUAAUCCCACCAUAAUUUACAAUACAUUUUAUGUAACGAACGAAUAACCUUGUUAUGGAAACCAAACCGAAAUCGUAUAAGUAAUAUCUAUAUUUAAGCUAUACAUACACAUACAUACAUACAUACAUAUAUGUACGAUAAACAUACUUUAACGUUGUGAUCAUUUCAAGAAUUAGUUCUUAAGCAAAACAACAAACAAAGCGUCAGCGAAUGUCAAGUCUCAAACAAAAAAAAAACUGGACUACAAGAACUACGUAACUUUAAGUCAAGUUGGGAAAUAGAAUAAAUAGCCUUAAGUAGUUGAGGUAGUAUUACAAUCAUGCCAUUACACUGCUCAAUCGAUUUAUAGCCAUAAUUAUCUGCUGCACCUCAUUUCAUUGCCUGUAGGGAAAGAUGUUACAAGAACAAAAUUAUAGGUAGGCACUCACAAGUGUGAAUGAAAGCUUAGGGCUCUUCUUGACUUGCUGAGAAGUGUUGGAAAACGACUAAGCUAAGCACCGUGUAGAGAACCCUAAGCAUGAAGCCUAAAUGCAAACAAUUAUGUCAUAGUAAACCGAUACACACUAAACUAAGAAUAUAAUUAAAACGCACAAAACACCGACGAUUGUGUUAUUAUUUUUAGUGAUAGCGGCAUUAACCAUGACAUACACGAAAACCGUUCACCCUUAGGCUAGAAUCGAAGGCUAGAAAUAAGGGUUAAGGUGCAACAGCAGGUGUUUUGUGUAGUAUAGUGUAGCGGUCACAUUUAGUUAGUUAGAUAACGUAUAUCACUCUAUCUGUUGGACACCGCCUGUGUAGCUGAUUUAACUGAGAGUCUACUACGUAAUGAAUACAGACCAUACCAUACCGAUCUCUUUCCUCACCUCAAACAGCAACAAACUCAAACAACUCAAAAGAAAAGCAAUCAAGGCUGACUUUGUACAUAGAGAUUUCAACAAAAUGAACUUUGCGAAAAUGCUAUGAACCGACUUUUACAGCAAUAUAAGUAUUAAUGGGGGAACUAAUGUAGUUACGUACGUAUAUACAUAAUUCUAAACCUAACUGAUAUUCAAAGUAGAUAACUGGGCGCACUGCCAAAUUUGGUUCCACUCCCAGUUGAGUGUUCGGCUAAGAAUAUAGGAAAGAAUUAAGAUUACAAAAAACCGAAAUGGAAAACAAAUUUUUAGAACUUAUUUGAAGGGUAAACAAUGGAAUGGCGAUAAUAAAACACACAUUAUAUGAUACAGAAUUUGCAAAAAAGAUAUUGUUAAUAAAUAUGAAAUACAAAUUCUAUAAAUGUGGCUUUGAUAAAGGACAUAUAUUGUUAACAAAUCAUAAAUAAAAAUAUAGCUCAGGUUGCUUACUUGUAAACCCCCCCUUUUCCCGUAUCAAAAAUGUUUCAUUCUUUGUUCACCAGCACUGAACUGAUCCCAACUAGAGAAAUGUGUUCAUGGCCACUGUCACUUUCCAACACUGAAACAUACAUUAUUUCCACAGUCUCCCCAACAAGUAAGCAAACGGCAAGCACUAACAUCGACAUAUUUAUAUGAUAUAUACCCAUAUACAUAUAUACGAGUAAAUCUAAAUAUAAUUGUAUGUAUUUGGUUCGUGUUUUUGCCUUUGAUUUUCAACAUUUACAGAUUCGUCAAAAUGGCUGUUAAUUUUUGGAAAAUAAAAUAAAUGCUAAACGCUAAAACAGUUGAAAGGAAAUUAAACAAUAAAUAAAAUAAAACGCAACAAUGGACAAUUGUUGAAUUUUUGUAAAUUUAAGCAACCAACGCCUUGCCUCUGCAACCGAAUGACGCAAGUGGAAAUACAUUAAAUUAGUGUAGCAAUAUAAUAAUUAAAAUCUAAAAAUUUAAAUAAUGUAUUGAUAAAUCAAAUGCUUCAGCCGCUUGUUGUUUGUUCAGAGCCAUCUAAUUAACAUUAAGUGACAGCAGCAGCAGCAGCUAAAUUUAGAUGCCUAUUAUUAAAAAUGCCUAAUAUAAAAACGGAUCUCUGUUAAAUUUUUGUAAAACAAUUGCAAUGAAGCGUAGAAAACAAAUGUUUAAUCGGACAGAAGCUCGUAAACCGCACCGAACCCUAAAUGUUAAGCAAUUUAAUAUAUAACAACAAUUAAAGCCGCAACCCGAAUAUUGUCUACAAACAAAUUGGGCUCAGUGUGGCAUGAGAAUAUUCGACGACUAAUCGUUAGUACUGUAGAGAAAGUUUUUGGAAAAUGCGCAAAAGACGCAAAUAAAACACAAAAUAAAGUGAUACAAAAUAAAAAAAAAAUUUAAAACCAUUUUUUAGUACCCCAACCUCGCAGGUACUAUAGCGUACUUGUAUUCCCCCAGACAAUCACCUGGCA